GAUAAUUCUGCUGCUGCGUUUUCUUCCCAACAAAAAUGGAACCAAUCGUAGAGGAUCUUACCGAAGACCUUCACAGCCUAAGCUUUACUUCCACCACCACAACUUCCAUUAAACGAAGCACAAGCUUCAGCUCCGAAACCACCACCAUUACUCCUUCAACCUCUUCUCACUUCUCUUCCGUUUCCCUCUCCGACCUCCGCUUCACCCGCCGCAUCGGCUCCGGCGACAUCAGCUCCGUCUACCUGGCCCACCCCAAGCAACGCGGCGGCGCAUCGUUCGCCGCCAAGGUGAUGGAGAAGGAGGAGUUGGCGAGGCGCAGCAAAGAAGGAAGAGCGAGGACAGAGAGGGAAAUUCUUCAAAUGUUGGAGCAUCCUUUCUUGCCCACUCUCUAUGCCUUCAUCGACGCCCCCAAAUGCCUCUGCUUCUUGACGCCCUUCUGCCCCGGCGGUGACUUGCACGCGCUUCGCCAGCGCCACCCCAGCAAACGCUUCCACGAAUCCGCUGUCAGGUUCUAUGCAUCAGAGGUAUUGUUAGCACUUGAAUACCUACACAUGCUAGGGGUAAUCUACCGUGAUCUGAAGCCCGAAAACGUGUUAGUUCAAUCUGACGGUCACAUCAUGCUCACUGACUUUGACCUCUCCUUAAAAUGCGAUGAUUCCAUAUCAACGGCUCAGAUAAUCUCUGAUAAAAACCCUACUCCCACUGUCCCACGUAACGAACCUUCUCAUGUUACCUCGUCUUCAUGCAUAAUACCCAACUGUAUAGUCCCUGCCGUGUCAUGUUUCCACCCAAAACGCAAGCGAAAGAAAAAGCAUAGACCACACAAUGGGCCUGAGUUUGUGGCCGAGCCCAUUAAUGUUCGGUCCAUGUCAUUCGUUGGGACCCACGAGUACUUGGCACCUGAGAUUGUGUCAGGGGAGGGUCAUGGUAGUGCUGUGGACUGGUGGACUUUAGGGAUAUUUAUGUUCGAACUGUUUUAUGGUGUGACACCAUUCAAGGGCAUGGACCAUGAGCUAACCUUCGCAAACAUUGUGGCUCGAGCCCUUGAGUUUCCGAAGGAACCCACUGCUUCAGCUGCUAUGAAAGACCUUAUCUCACAGUUAUUGGUUAAGGACCCGGCAAGGAGACUAGGGUCAGUGAUGGGAGCUUCAGCGAUCAAGCACCACUCAUUUUUUCAAGGUGUGAAUUGGGCAUUGCUAAGGUGUACAACUCCACCCUUUGUACCCCCACCUAGUGCUAAAGAAGCUGUAAACGAUGACCAUGAAAAUUGUCCUGAGAUUUCCAUUGAUUAUUAUUAA